AUGUAGGAUUAUAGAGGCAAUUUCAAGAGAAUUGAAUUUGGAGUGCAAUAGACUCCUGUUAAAUCUACGACCAAUAUGAAUGAUUUUCAGUCUUCUUAAAAAUUAAAAUAUGAGUAAAUGAGCAAUAAACCCUAAUCAGUCAAUGUUAGUUUUGUUAAUGCUCCUGUUACGAUGGUAUCGAAAGAGCUAUUCACAUUAUAAAUACCAGUUAAAGUUAAAUAAUUGACUGAUGAUUGGAACACAUAAUUAACUUUGAAAAUGAUUAUGCAAUCAAACCAAUAAGCACAUGGAUAAACAUUAAGAAUUGAAUUGACAGAUGAUACAAACUUGUCAUUUUUACAAAUAUUGGAUUUAAAUGAGGGAGAGUUUUUGGCAUUGAAAAACGAAUAAAGUUUACACGUAGACUUUGCAACAUUUCCAAUGAAAUUAGCAGACCUAUUAUAAUUAUGCAUAAAUAGUUAAAGAGAUGAAAAAGUAAACUUCUACGUUUCUUUGGAAACCAAGAAUGGAGAAUCAACCCUUGCAGUAAUUGAGAAUAACGAAUUCAAGAAAUUAACUCAUUUAUCAUUGAGAUUAAGAAGUGCUACAGAUGAUAUACUAAAAUACUUCUUAGCAAAUAAAUUGGCAAUAGAACAAUAGGAGAAUGAACAAUUGUACAAAAAAACCAAGAAAUUGACAGAGCAAUUGGAAGAGAAAUAAUGGGAACUAGAGAAUUUGAAAUCUGAAGUCAGAAAAUUUACAGAGGAUAACAAUGCUGCUCUUUAAUAAGUAUAGUUGGAUGAACAAAAGAAGUUAAAUGACUUUAGGGAGUAAGCCUUAAGUAAGGAAACAAAUUUUAAAAGAGAAAGUGAAAAUGAAAAGCAAUUUAUAAUUGAAAAAUAUGAAAAAAUUGUCUUAGAAUUAUAAAAUAAAUACACUUAAUUGCAAUAAAUAAAUUAAGAUUUAUCAGAAUAAAAGAUUCAACUUACAUAAUAAGAAAAAGAGUUAAAGAAUAAAUUUGCGAUAAUUUAAUAAGAAUCUUAAUAAUUAUAAAAGGAGAACUCAGAGUUUAGAGUACUAAAUAAAGAACUGGAUACUCUUAAAUUUAAUUAAGAAAGAUAAAUCAUAGAGUUGAGAAUCUAGAAGGAAGGAUUAGAAAAAAUAUUACGUGAUAAGGAAGAUUUCUUGAACAAUAAAUAAUAAUUGGUAGAUAAUGAAAAAAAGUAAAAUGUUAUAUUAGAGGAGUAAACUAAUAAUUAAAAAAAACAAAUUGAUAAACUUGAAUAGAGAAUUGCAGUGAUGAGUGAUGAAGUUAAUAAGGGAAAUUAAAUAAUUGAAAAAUUAGAAAAUGAAUUAAGCAAAUAAAAGGAAAAGAUCAAAUUAAAAAAUGCAGUUGUUCUUCAAUAAGAGUAAACUGUAUAAUAGUUAUAAGAUGCCAACGAUUAAAGCAGUAAACAAAUUAAUGAAUAAAAAGACAGUUUAGAAUUGAAAUACAAAGAUUAAGAAAAUACUAAUUUAGAUCUGAAAAAUAAAUUGGCAGAAAGUUAGAAAUUGCUUGAAUCCAAUAAUUAAAUGAUAUAGUAUUUAAAUAAAUGCUUGAAUGAAACCAAAGUUUAAGCACCCGCUUAGAUGCCUGGUUUUUCAACAUUAAAAAGCCAAACCUUUACAAAAUACACCUCUCCAAUACCUUUAUAAGAAGAUAGAAGCUUCAGAAAUUAAAGUGUUACUUAUUAACAGAAUCUAAAUAAUGUAUCUUAGAUAUCGAAUGCAACGAUAUAAAAUAAGUUUAAUUUCUGA